CCAAAUUGAAGCGAUGACUGGAGUCGCGAUUACAAAAUUAUGUAAUAGAAUCGUGCAAUAACGCUAGUUGUUUAUUUGCAUCAUUUGCGAGAACUUACGACCUUCACGACGAAUCGUUAUCGCUAAUUCGCUAUCGUUAUAUUCGUGGCACAUAAAUUAGAAGAAUUGCACUCCUUGCACUCAACCAACUCGUACAUGAGUCAGUUAUUGAAUCGUAUUUCCGUCAACGGACGCUCAUUGACGUUCGGUUGUUUUGUACGAAGAUUUCAUACAUCAUCACAAAAAAUGGUUAUUGCUGUUGGAGACAAAUUACCCAGCGUGGAUCUUUUUGAGAACACGCCAGCAGACAAGGUGAACCUGGCACAAAUUACAGCUCAGAAGAAAAUCGUAGUGUUUGGUGUACCAGGUGCAUUUACUCCUGGUUGCUCAAAAACUCAUUUGCCUGGUUACAUUGUAAAGGCGGAUGAAUUUAAAUCCAAAGGAAUUUCUGAGAUAUUUUGUAUCAGUGUUAAUGAUCCAUUUGUUAUGGCAGCCUGGGGAAAAGAACAUGGUGCAACAGGAAAAAUACGAAUGCUAGCUGACCCUAAAGCAGAGUUUACAGAUGCUAUGGAUCUUGCUGUGGAUUUGUCAGUCUUAGGAGGCAAACGCAGCAAACGUUAUUCUAUGGUGGUUGAAAAUGGAAUUGUAAAGGAGAUCAAUAUUGAACCAGAUAACACUGGUCUAUCUUGCUCCCUAGCGGAUCGUAUUAAAGUUUAAAAUAGUUUAAAACGCUAUUUUAAUCAUCAAUUUUAGAAUGUAUAGACAGAACUUUUUACAAGAGGAAACUGAGAUUAGCAUUAAGGAGAAAACUGCAAGUACUUCGGCAACUAUUUCAGCAGUGUUCUUAACGUUUUUCUCAUAUAAAUAUAGAAGUCUAUGUUUUUGCAACACUGACAUAAAAACAGGAUGCUUUCUAUUUAAUGUCUCAAGUCGACACAAACAUUCUAUCUUUCUUGACAUUCCAGAGUAACAAAGAUAGAACAUGUUGAUUUGUGUCAAAUGGAACGCAUCCCAAUUGAGACCUGAAUGAUUCAGAAUCAAACUAACUGAACCGAUAUGUCUGUAAUUUUCUCUUUUUGCUAAUUAUAAGUGCUUUCCAUUUAGUGAUACAAGUCAACACAACUAUCGUUCUGUCUUUAUUAUUCAUGGAA